AUGAUAGGAGGGAAACCAGCAGCGGCAACCAAACGCGCUUCUGGCACGAAACGGGUUGUAACGGAUGGAAAAAAGAAAGGAGAUAAUGGGAAGAAAGAGAGUAAAUGCGCUGCCAAUAUCUCAACAACGCCACUGAGUACUGCUACUAAACCGACCUCACCAACAGCCUUGCCAGCCACAGUAGUACCCUCUCCGAAACCACCGAGCAAGACGAGCCAGAUAAACAGCAAAUCCGUUCCCACAAAGAGAAAUUCCAAUAAAGAGAGGUCCAGUACAGCAUCACCAUCUUUAUUUCCUUCAGAAGGACUGAAAAAGAAGGAAGAAAAAGUGGGAAAAUUGCCUAGUAAUGGUCUUUCAAGAGAGUCUACUAUUUCUAAGAAUGCGGUGGAUGCCCCAAUAGUGGAGGACUUGGAAAGGGCUGAAAGUGUUGGGGGUUUACUUCCAUUGCCCCGGCAAAAUCGUCAGCCACAGAAGAGACAACCACAUCCACCCAAACAGCCAAGGGAUCAGAGAUCACAUGAUGGGAAACAACAUCUUCCCAGUAUCGGAGAUGGAGGGGAUGCUGCCGUCUCAACACGUGAAGUGGAUGCACCUAUAGUUGAAGAUCUGGAGAGGAAUGAUAAUCUUGUGCAGUUAUUGCCACUUCCAGUGCGUGGACAACAGCGACCAUCAUCGAUAGGAGGUAAACCGAAACGGAGAAAUCACUCAGGUAGCGCAGUGCAGAGGAGUGAGUCAGCCAAUUCAACGCGUUGGAAGAACAACGGCAACGAUGCCAGCUGCAACAGCAGCGUUUCUAGCGCCACUAAGAAGAGUUGCACCUGCAAUCGAAAGAGUCUAUCUUCUUCACCUUCAUUCUGUGCUGCUGAUGAGGAUGAUAUUAUUCUUAAUGAUGAGGAUGAUGAAGAUGAUGAUGAUGAGGAUGAUGAAGAUGAGGAUGAUGAUUUUGAAAAUAGUAGUGAUUAUGAUGAUGAGGAUGAUGAGGAUGAGGCUGAUGAUGAAGAAGAAGAGGAAGAAGAAGAAGAUGAGGAUGGCGAGGAAGAAGAGGAUGAGGAUGAUGUGGGACCACGGCCUAAACGUUCACCACAUUCGAUGGAACAAAUCACUGUUAAAGUUUCACGAGAGGGGGAUCGUAAUGUGAAGGUUAUGUUCAUCACAAAAUCAACCAAAUUCAAAUCCUUUGUAAAAGAGAUUAUGCGUCGCUUUUCAUACUCACGUGUCAGAGACUUUGAUAUGUACUGUAUCGAUGCUGCUGGGGACCAUGUUGAUAUUGACGUCCCAGAAGACUUUAAAAGUCUCGUGAGAAACUUUCUUCGCAUCCUCCAGCAGGAACACUCUAAGAAUGGAGGGAAAACAACAGGAAGUGCCUCCACCACACCGGGAUCGGGAUCACCAUCACUUGAUGUAACGCGGCGUUUCUCUGCACGAGAGACGCUGAUGGGUAGUGCCUCACUCUUACGCACGAGUUCUCCCAUGUAUGUAGCGCAGCCUCUCAGUGAUGAAGCCGAUCGCAGCAGCAGUACAGUACUUCGUUUGUAUGUACGAGACUCCUACAGAGCCCGGCAAAAGGAGGAAAAAAGACGAAUGCGUUAUUCCUUUCCUCACAGUGAUGGUUCCGGGCAAAUGCCAUUGCAAUUCCAACCAUCCUCUACACCACCACCGGCGUUAUUACGAAUACAACCGCCUCUCAUUGCCCCCGAUCUCACAUCUGUGGAUGCGGGAAGUGUGGGACCCAGUGAGAUGUUAAUGCGUGACUGCAGUACUAUCUCAGCACAGUUUAACCACACAGUGGUUGGUUUAGCCCAGACAAUAGGCUUUCGUGAGGAUGAAGAGGUACAGUGGAGUAGAAUGUGUUUACUUGGAAAAGGUUCCUCUGGGGCUGUGUAUGAAGGUAUCACGAGUGAGGGAAAAAUCAUGGCUGUCAAGGUGCAGGAAAUUCCACUGGACGAAGAUGCAGAGGAGGUAAAAGUCAUUCAACGGGAAAUAAAUCUCAUGCGUUCUCUAAAGCAUAAGAACAUUGUUGCUUAUUAUGGAUGUCAAACAAAAAUACUCCCAAAUGGGGCGAGGGAAUUGGAGAUUUUUCUUGAACACUGUCAUGGUGGAAGUCUUUCACAUCUACGGCGUAAGUUUGAACGGGCAAAAGAGCGUUUUUCCAUUUCUCUCGUGCGUACCUAUGCACGACAGAUAUUGGAGGGACUGAACUAUCUACACUCUAUGAAUGUUGUCCACCGUGAUUUAAAGAGUGAUAAUGUUCUCAUCUCAUCUCUUGGCGAGGCUAAACUCGCAGACUUUGGCUGUAGUAAACGUAUUGGUACAGCCACUUUGCAGCAGGAGAGCUGCGGCGAGCGGGGGGCGGGGUAUCAAACAAUGGUGGGAACACCUCUAUUUAUGGCACCAGAGGUCCUUAACGGCUCAGAUGAUACCAACAAUAAUACUAAUAAUAAUAAUAAUAAUAAUAAUAAUAAUAAUAAUAAUAAUAAUAAUAAUACUAGCCAUGAUAAUACCAGCACGAAUAAGGGAAGUAGUAAUCAUGGAUAUGGCAAACCAGCAGAUAUAUGGGCUGUGGGUUGUCUUGUGCUGGAACUCCUCGGUCGCCAGCCGUGGGCAGUGAAGGGCAACGCGAAUGCCUUUCAGAUUAUGUACCACAUAUCAAAGAGCACAGGCAUGCCAACAGGCGUGCCUCAAAAGUGUCCGAAGAGUCUACACAGUUUCUUUACGAGAUGCUUCGAAAGAAGUCCAGCGCAACGGGCAACCGCAGAGGAGUUAUUGCAGCACGAAUGGAUAACAUGCCCAGAUAAUCAGUUGGAGGAGGUGUUGCCAGAAGAGGAGUAA